AGUGUUGGCACACAUAGUUCAGCUGGCAUGUUCGCGUCCAAAGGAGCGAGGUUAAAAGGAAAAUUAUAAAGCCUGGCUGAUGAUAAAUACAAGCAUGGCUGGACGCUUGGUUUCAAAACGCCACUAUUUUUGCAACACUUUAUCGAAAGAUGGUUUCAAAGUGAUAGUUAGUGAGUUAUUUUUGACUGCAACAAAAAAUAUAUUGGACCAGACUGAUCUGAGGGGACUGUGCAGCACAGUGAUGGGUCAUUUAUUUCCUCCGUGACAAGCGGAAUCUCAUAUGGAUUGCUAGAGAAAACAAAUCCUUAAUAGUUUCAGUUAGCGGAAGGGGGGACCAUGAAAAGAGAACCAAUACUAUUGAACAGAAAUAUUGAUUUGGGGUGAGUUUACGACCAUUCACCACCUACCAUAUUUUUCCCUCGACAGGGUUCGUUCCACGGUCGCCUGAGGCACUUUGUGGACAUCAUAGACCCCAGCACGCUGUUAGUGUCUGAGGAACGGUUGCAAGAAUGCAUCAAACUCCUGGACGAUUUCAAACAUCACAGGCUUCCACCGGGAGUGUCCGACCAACAGCUGUGGGAAGCACAGAAGGUCAAACAGGCCAUCAUUCACCCUGACACGGGAGAGAAGAUCUUCAUGCCGUUCAGAAUGUCAGGUUAUGUACCAUUCGGAACACCGAUUGUCAUCGGCCUUCUCCUUCCAAAUCAGACCGUGGUUUCUACCAUAAUUUGGCAGUGGCUAAAUCAGAGUCACAAUGCCUGUGUGAACUAUGCCAACCGCAAUGCUACCAAGCCGACGCCAACUGCUAAGUUUCUGCAAGGCUAUGUGGGGGCUGUGACCAGUGCCGUCUCCAUAGCAGUUGGACUGAAUGUGCUGAUUCAGAAGGCCAACAAGUUGAGCCCAUCCACCCGCAUGAUUAUCCAGAGACUGGUCCCCUUCCCAGCUGUGGCCUGUGCAAACAUCUGCAACGUGGGCCUCAUGAGGCACAGCGAGCUGACCGAGGGCGUCGACGUGCUGGACGGCGACGGCAACGUGGUCGGAUCAUCCAAAAUCGCUGCUAAGCAUGCCAUCAUGGAGACUGCCUUCACACGCGUGGUUCUGCCCAUGCCCAUCUUCGUGUUACCGCCCAUCCUCAUGUCCUACCUAGAGAAAAUGCGGUUCCUACAGAACCACCGCAGACUGCGGCUCCCCAUCCACAGCCUGGUGUGCCUGGCUACGUUCAGCCUCUCCCUGCCGCUGGCCAUUAGCCUGUUUCCACAGAUGUCUCAGAUCGAGGCUUCUCACCUUGAGCCGGAGAUUGCCAUGGCGACAGAUUGCAGAGUGUUGACUUACAACAAGGGCUUAUGAUGAAUGGUGUGUGCCGGAGAGUGGAUGGCGGGGGAGUAGAUGGGGCUGGCUGUGAAUAAUUGUCUCGGACAAAGCCCAUCGGAGCACAGGCCAAGGACCCUCUCGCUGAGGAACAGGGGAGCUCACCACACACUAACUGUAACGCUAACACACGGUUCUGCCGGGGCCAAUGGAAUAACAAGACGACCACCACCACCGCCACCAAACCAAGCCUACUGUGAAACAUCAUUAUUACUGUACGAGGACAUAGCUAAUAUCAAUCUCAGAAGAUGUGUUUUAUGUGUUACAGCCGUGUAUGGAUGUUUGUAUACUUUUAUGGUUUGAGCUUUUAUGAUAUGAUAUAUUUGACUAGAUAUCCACACACCAGGUUGUCUGAGCCCAAUAAUGUGAAUAUGUGAACUAACAACGCAAACACUUCCAUCGAGGUUGCAGGUAUUUGUUUAUCUAAAAGUAUUCACUCGUGCAUUUUCCUUGGAACCCAAUUAGCGGGAGGGAAUUUGUAGCUACAGUAUUGACAGAGGAAAACCAUAGCGAUUUUCUGCACACAAUACUACAUUUUCUUCCUUGUGCUACAUGAUUCUGAUUAAUUCAUGCUAAAUGUUUGCUAACAAGUGACUUACAAUAACUUUCUGUAAUUUAAAUUAUGUAAUAAAUACCUUUGCUAAAUA